CCUUGCAUGCGCCUUAUAGAUGCGUGUAGACGCAUAGAGAGGGAAAGAGAGAAAAGGGCGCAGUAUUCAGGAGGAGAGGAGAACAGGAUAGUAUCAAGGUGUGAGAGCAGUCUCUAUCAUCUGAUCCACCGAGCAGCAUCACGUCGCCUCCUGCUCAACACCCGCGACUCCGCAGCGCCACUGCUGCAUCUCAGUAAGGCCUGUUCUUCCUGUGAGAUAAGGGGAACCCAUCUUAAGCUAUCUGCUCCUGAUCUGAUUGUGAUCCUGUUGUAUCCAGCUGGGUCCAGGAAAAUGGAGCGUUGGAUGUGUCUGCUGGUCCUCAGCUCAGUGGCUCUAAAGGAAGCUGCGGGUGGCGAUGUGUGUGUGUCGGGUCAUGACAGUGGGCCAGUGUUUGAAGAACAGCCAAGCAGUUCAAUUUACCCAGAGGGCCUGAGUGAAGGGAAAGUUACCCUCAGCUGUCAAGCCAGAGCAAGUCCAGCUGCUUCAUACAGAUGGCUUGUGAAUGGCACGGAUGUCCCACUUGGUUUGGACCUGCGCUAUACCCUUGUGGCUGGUAACCUGGUGAUCAGCAGCCCUGAGUCUUUUCGAGACACAGGCUCCUACCAAUGUCUGGCCAUCAACCGUUGUGGAAUUAUCAUCAGCAGGGCAGCAAACCUCAAAUUUGGCUACGUCCACGACUUCCCACCUGACAGCAGGAGUCCGCAGACAGCAUAUGAGGGUAUGGGAACAUUCUUGGCCUGCCAGCCACCUCCACAUUACCCAGCUCUGUCCUACCGCUGGUUCAUCAAUGAGUUUCCCAACUUCAUCAAGAAAGAAAAUAGCCGUUGGUUUGUGUCGCAGCUCACGGGGAACCUGUAUGUGGCUAAAGCAGAGCUAAAUGAUACAGGGAACUACUUCUGCUUCACCACUAUCAACAUGGAAAUCAGCACCAAGAGCACCUUCAGCAAAGCAAACCAGCUCACUGUUCUGCCUGAUGACAAUCCCAGGAAGUCAGCUCCAAGCAUUAAAGUGCGCUUCCCAGCAGAGACUUAUGCUCUGGCAGGACACACCGCCCAAUUAGAGUGCUUUGCCUAUGGAAAUCCAGUACCGAAACUGCAAUGGAAGAAGGUGGACGGACUGAUGCCCUUCAAGGCGGGCUCUACUGCAGAGAGUCCCAUCCUCAUCCUGCCAGAGCUGUCCUUUGAUGAUGAGGGUGUUUACGAGUGUGAAGCUUACAACUCAGAAGGAAGUGAUACAUACCAGGGACGCAUCACUGUGCAAGCUCAACCAGAGUGGUUGCAGGUGAUGAGUGACUCAGAGGUGGAGAUCAGUUCAGAGCUGCAUUGGAGUUGUGUUGCUGCUGGUAAACCACGACCCUCUAUACAGUGGCUACGCAAUGGACAGCCACUCAGCACGCUGGACAGAGUGGAGGUGAAUGGAGCUCGUCUCAAGAUUAGUAACCUGGCCCUGGAGGAUUCUGGGAUGUACCAGUGUGUGGCGGAAAACAAGCAUGGCACCAUCUAUUCCACUGCUGAGCUCAGAGUCCAGGUUCAGGCCCCAGACUUCAGAUUAAAUCCAGUACGAAGGCUUAUUCCAGCCGCCAGAGGAGGAAAGGUGUUGAUCGAGUGUCGCCCUCGAGCUGCCCCAAAGCCUAGUCUGUUCUGGAGCCGUGGCACAGAGCUACUCACCAACAGCAGCAGAGUCACAGUAACUUCAGAUGGAAUCUUGUGGAUCCACAACAUCAGCAGAGCAGAUGAAGGGAAAUACACCUGUUUCGCUGAAAACUAUCUGGGCAAAGCCAACAGCACUGGUCACCUGUCUGUCAGAGAUGCUACAAAGAUCACGCUGGCUCCUUCCAACGCUGACAUCAAUCAGGGGGAGAAUGUGACCCUGCAGUGUCAUGCUUCCCACGACCCAACCAUGGAUCUGACUUUCACCUGGGCCCUCAACGGGGUCCUGCUGGAUUUGGAGAACACUGCCGGACCAUUCCACCGGGUGGAUGGGAAAGAAAACAUUGGGGAUCUGUUGAUUGUGAACACUCAGCUGAGUCAAGCUGGGUUAUACACCUGUACAGCUCAGACUGUGGUGGACAGUGCCUUAGCCUCGGCUAAACUAGUGGUACGAGGGCCCCCAGGACCUCCUGGAGGUUUACUAGUAAAGAAUGUUGCUGAGACAUCGGUGGAGCUGAGGUGGAGUCGUGGCUACGAUAAUCACAGUCCCAUUGGCAAAUAUAUCAUCAUGGGAAAAUCAUCAUUGUCAUCACAGUGGAAGAACAUGAGGACAGAGCCAGUAAACAUCGAGGGGAACGCAGAAUCAGCGCGUGUGAUGGGACUGAUGCCCUGGAUGGAUUAUGAAUUUCAGGUCAUCGCCAGCAAUAUCCUGGGAAGUGGAGAGCCCAGUGUGCCAACCCAUAUUAUUCGCACACAGCAAGCAGCUCCAACAGUGGCCCCAAGUGGACUUGCAGGAGGAGGAGGAGACCACAAUGAACUCAUUGUUACCUGGACGCCAAUGGCUAGAGAGUACCAGAACGGGGACAGCUUUGGCUACAUCCUGGCAUUUAGGAAGAAAGACGUAUUAUUAUGGACAGUGGUGAAUAUUCUUCAUGUGGAGUCAUCCCGCUAUGUUUACUACAAUGAAAGCCUGAAACCAUACAGUCCCUUCGAGGUGAAGAUCAAAGCUUAUAACCACAGAGGAGAAGGUCCGUUCAGCCAGAUUGCAGUGGUGCACUCUGCAGAGGAAGAGCCAACACUGGGACCAUCAAACAUUAAUGCUUCAGCACUGACCGCAUUUGACAUCCAGGUUUCAUGGGAGCCUGUCCAGCAGCUGAGUGCCAAUGGCAUCCUCAGAGGAUACGAGAUCCGGUACUGGCGACAGCAUGAACGGGAAGCAGCAGCAGACCGGGUGAGGACAGCAGGAUUGGAAACGACAGCCAGAGUAUCUGGACUUCGACCCAGCACCCGCUACCACGUCGCAGUACUGGCAUACAACAGUGCUGGCACCGGGCCUCCCUCUCCACGCACCACCGUCACCACCAGGAAACCACCUCCUAAUCGUUCUCCAGGCAACAUUUCAUGGAAGGCAGAUGACUCAUGGGUAAUGGUGCAGUGGGACCAUGUGAAGGCCAUGCACAACGAGUCUGCUGUGCUGGGCUACAAAGUCCUGUACAAACAUGAGGGCCAGACAGCGCUGAAAGUUUUCAACAAAGCAAAAUCAUCAGUGAGUCUGCCGCUGCCAAAAGACAAUGGUUAUGUUGUGCUGGAGAUUCGGUCCUGGGGAGAGGGCGGGGAUGGGCCUGCACAUGAGAUCAUUGUGUCCAGAGACUCAGGAACUGGUAGGAUGGUACAGAACAAGGCCGCCUCUAUACUUUCCAUUCCUCUUUGCGUCCUCAUGGGCUUGGUUUUUCUCACUCUUAUGUCUUUGUCAGGCCUGUAAUCUCACCCUGUCAUAGGACUUCUUUAUUUUGAAUAGCUUCAAACUAUGCCCUUCUGUGUCCCAGCUUGUGUUUUAGCCUGGGUUGCCUUCUUGCCUUUGGGGAAGGUCGUACCACUGCAGGGAUGAGAAGAAUGGGGAGGAACUUUUACUUUUUUAAAUAAAAACAAAGAGUGUCCCAAAUGGGUUACAGGGAGCAUGGGAAGCAGUCUGAUUUUGUGUACCAGUGUCAAUAAAAACCAUGGGGACUGUCACAUUUGACCCCAAUAAUUUACAAUUGAAUAGGGCCAAAGUUUAAAAUAUGUAUGCAAAAGUCAUCCCUCUGAAAUGGCUGUUUAGAUUCAAAGGCUUUCAAACUGAUUUUUCACAAGGAAGUUUUCAGAUUUCUUCAUUUGGUCAUCCAGUCUUAGCAUAGUUCCUUCUCCAAAAACAGUCUAGUUGAGUAUUAUUUUAGGAAUAUAAUAUAUUAUGUACAUACAGUUAACAUUUUGCAAGCAACUUUAGGUUUUGUAUUUCCUGACAGCAGACAUUCCCACCUUGUGUGCAUUAAAGUUAAUUUCCCACAUGUACAACUUUUAAAAGGAGGAAGAUGUCAGGCUUUUCCCGCCAUGUUGCAAUCUUCAAACACAGCCAGGAAAAGUAUAUUUCCCAAAAGGUCAAACAGAACACAUGCCACUGCUCUUUAUCUGUUAACUCACCAGAAAAGCAGCACUUAAACAUCACAAUCUGCUAGUUACUGCAUCGUAGCACCUAUUUGUAAUCUUAAAUAAAACCAUUAAAAAAUGAAUCUACAUUCCUGUGAUGGUUCCCGCUACAUAGAUUUAUGAACCUACAAUUUCUGUUCUACAUUAUCACUCUUGCUUAUAUAAGUGACAGCUAUGUGAAUGUCUGGCUCUCUUUUCUCUGUAAACACACCGUUAAAGUAUCUUCCAAACUGAACUUGUUUUGGUCUCCUGCUGGUCUUGUUGCUAAGCCUGUGAAGAAAAACUACUUAGCACAUAUUGUGAUGAUAUUAAACAAUGUCUGUUUGUUUGUUUGUGUUUGUGCCUCACCUGUAAUUAUUAGUAAACUACAGCGCUGGUCCAAAUUAAUGUUUAUUUUUUUAAUGUAUUUUUGCUUUUGGGAGAAAUGAAAUUCAAGGGAUAAAUGGGUUUUUAAUUAUGUGUUUUCAUUUGCUGUUCCUACAUAGUUUUAGAUGACAAUGAUAUAAUGCUUCUAUUCAGUGUUUAUUGGGUUUAUUGCAGCUGAUUUUUACUGAUAGGUUGAUCUGAAAUAUCCAGGACAGCCGGUAUGAAUCACUGAAAGAUGUUAAGGAGUCGGUUAACAAAGUUAUCAUAUCAGUACAGUUAAUAGUGUUAUAAAUCAUCUUCAUUGUAAACCUUUCAACAUCUAUUAGCUCUUAUGUAACAUGUCUGAUUUAGUACUGUUAAAAGGAAGAACAUGAGAUUAUUGGCCAAGCUUGAGGAAGAACUGAUUUUGGUUUUGUAUAACUCCCAACCAAACAACAUGAUUCUGAUUUCUGUUGCUGGUUUAUAUUUGCUGCCAAAAACCAACAACUGUGCAUAAAGCAGUUAAUUAUUUUGUGUAUAGGAAUAUGAUGGUCCUGGAUGAGUUCCUAGUGCUUGUAUAUUAGCAGAAAAAAAUAAAAAACAAAGAAUCAAGGCUUGUUGAAUCACAUAAAGUAAUUGAAGGAGGAUAUAACCAUAAAACGUGUAAACAAGCUGGUGCAUUAAACUGGAAGAUUCUUAUUUAGCCCCUUAAUUCUUGACGUAACAUCCAAAUAAACCUGUCUUUUAUUAUUAUUAAUAUUAUAACAAAUAUUGUAUUAUCUUUUAUGGCUUGAUUAAACAUUUUAAUUUAUUUCACUUUGCAAGUGGUUGAAUGAUUAAACUACUGGAUUGUAUUAUGCUGUGCUUUAUUUUGUCUGGAAAAGAAUAGCUUUUCAUAAUGUGCUUCAAGAUUUAAAACAAAAAAGCAAAACCUGUACCCUGAAUUUCACUUUUAAGUUUAUAGAGCUGCAAUAAUUGUCACUAUCAUCCACAUGUCCUUUGAUAAAUUCCACAAGUGUAUCGUAUUGUUAUUCAACAAAUCUUAGGUCUUAUCAGGUCCUCCUCUUGGCUUAUAAGGACUUAAACCCAAUACACCUUUGGUUAAAGUAUCCCAUAAUGCUAUGAAUACUGACCUGGAUUAGUUCUCAGCUUCAGUGAUAAAUUAGAAGUGUAAGUUUUCUAUUCGAAUUGUUCUCAAAUUAAUUUAAAGCUCCUUCACUGUUUAUCAUUCAGAUAGGUUGAGCCUCACACAGCUACUUCUUCUUUGCACUAUAUUGUUCACAAGUUAAAAAUGGUAUUAAAACUGUUAGAUUAUGUCCAGGUUUUGUGUUUUUGUGCUUUACUCUGUCUGAAGUGUAAUUCAAAACCUUAUGUUCUCAUUGAGGAGCCAUAAAGUAAUUUCUUUAUGUCAGAGGGCUCAGUCAUGGAUGGAAUGUUCUGGCUUAAUGUAAAAGGUUACUAGUGGACUGACUGGUUUCAAGAAUAUGGUAUCAGCAAGUCUGUGUUAACAAUGGUUGGGUUGAUGCAUUAGCUACAGUUUGCUUUGGAUCUUUUCAUACUAGUGGGAGGGAUGCAACUUGUAAAUAUAAUAAAAAAUAAACACAAUGGAACUCUAUUGUAGAUAUGUGUGCAUUUACUACAGUACAAUACUACAUAAAACUGCUU